AUGCGCUCGCGACCGCACAUGGACGCGCGCGAGGGAUCGUUCGCGCGCAUCCGACCGGACGCAUGGAUAGCGACGGCGUACGUCACCCGGGACGACGCCCGUGAACUCGCGCGCGAGCUCUUGGGGCCACGCGCCGUCGUGAGUGACGAAGACACGAGCGACGCGUUCGUUCGUUCGGCUGACGGCGACGUGUGCGCGACGGCGAGGGGGACGCGUUUCACCAGGUUGCGCGGUCGUAGGUGUGUGAGCUUUGGUGGCGUGGUCAACGCGCGCGUGACGCUCUCUCGCGACGACUUCCCUCCACUCGUACGAAAGCUGAUGCAACGAGUUUCGACGAGCGCGGGCACGUUGGUGGCGACGAACGACGCGCCCGAUGAAUCGAUGGAGAAGAUGAAGGCCACGACGUCAUUUAUGGCGAAUCACGCAUUGGUGAACAUAUACGACGAAACUGAAGGUAUCAUGCCCCAUGAAGAUGGUCCGUUGUAUCGCGACGUGGUGUGCAUAGUUUCGAUAGGAGCGAGCCGAGUGAUUCAAUUCACUCCGAAGCAAACGGGUGAGGGCACCACGUCGUUGAUGGCAUUCGAUGUUUUCCUUCCACAUCGGUCGCUCUUCGUUUUCACCGGCGAAGCCUAUUGCAGUUAUUUACACGCAAUAAAAAGCGGGGACCGAUUCGACGAGAAAUCUGCAAGUAGCAUUAAUGUGGAGAACUUUCCUCCAGGUUGCGACGUCGUCGAGCGUCAGGGAUACAGGAUUUCGCUGACAUUUCGUCAAGUGCUGAACGCAAGACGAGCGCCGGCGUUUCUUACGAAGCCUCGCACUUGA